AUCAUCAAGCAUCAGAUAUACUAUGCACCAUGCCUCCUACAGCAUACCAAGUUUACCAAGACCUUGAGCGAGAGGAGCAAUUUGCUCCUCAAGAAGGCAAGACCCAUCGGUCCUAUUCAUCAUGGCGCGAGCGCGCCAUGAACCGCAAUUUGCGCCGCGGUCUUGCUAUAAUCGGAGCCUGCUGGCUCGUGUAUAUUAUAUGGCUAAACCGUCUAUAUGCAGCAGCCUUACUGCCGGGUUCUUCGAAUAAUCGUGCCAAUGUUGCAGGUCAGCAGACGGAAGGGAAGACGGUACCCCUGGACGUACACAUUAUGAGCAAAUGUCCCGAUGCAAAGGACUGCUUGCAGAAGUUGAUUCUACCUGCGAUGGAAAGGAUCAGUGACAAGGUCAAUUUUCAACUCUCGUUUAUUGGAAGUGUAUCCAAUACCACUUCCGAUGUGGAAUGCAAACACGGCCCAACUGAAUGCAUCGGUAACAUGCUCAUGCUCUGUGCCGCCAAUCUUCCGUUUCCCACGAGCCAAGUAUCAACCACUCCCCGGACACCCGUCAUCCGCUCUCUCGGCUUUGCAAACUGCCUCAUUGACGAUUACCCAGAGAUCCCGUCCCGACCUCUAGUACAAAACUGUGCGCUAGAGCAUGGACUCGACUUUGAGGCUAUAAACGCUUGCGCAAGUCGCGAGGAUGACGGUUUUGAGAACCCCGGAGAUCCGACUUCUGAAGACCCAAGUGGCAUUGCUUUGCUGCGCAAGAGCGUACGUCACACCCAAGAUGUCGGGGUUACGAAGAGUUGUACUGUGAGACUUGAUGAGACUGUCUGGUGCAUUCGAGACGGCGGGAAAUGGAAAGAUUGCGCUCAUGGUAGUGAUGUAUCGACUUUUGUGGAUGAAGUCGAGAGAUUAUGGAAGGAGAGGAAUUAGCAGGCGCGCGCGCUCGUCAUUCUUCAACUCUUCUAUGCUUCAUGAUUUUCUGGUCAUGGCCACUGGCUCACACACAUUGGGCAAGGCCUGAAAAUUUCCUUAAACUUUGACUACCCUGAUACUGAUACCCCUCGUUUGAUAAUUAUACUAAUCAAUAUGCACUGCCUCUCAACAAGGACCAGUUUUC